AUGCUUCAGAUGCCGGACAUGGGCGCAAAGUCCCGGGCCAAACUGUACCCCCAGUCCGGGCGCCCGCAGGCCCUCAGGUUCCACGCCAGGAUGGGCGAACUCCCCAGCAGCGAGGCCAUUCGAACAGCUCUCGGGGACCUCGAAAUGAAUGUGGAAGACCCAGUCAUGGUGGAGGCCAUCAACCCAGCACUCUCUGCACCUACCUCCUCGUCAACAAUCAUCGCCGACGUGCCUACCUUCUCCACCAUCUCCAACCAGCCGCUGCAGCCCCCAGUUUUAUCCUCCGGGAUGAACUCCUCCUAUGCGACCACCACCAAUGUGCCUCAACUGUCCUCUGGCGUCCCUCCGUUGUCCUCCGGUACCAGUACAGACAUCCGACUCGAAGACAUUGAGUUGAUGAUAGACAGCAAUUACUCGGGAGAGCUGCGACCCUCCGUGGAGAAUGCCAUCAAGCGGAAAUGGUCAAGGAUCGUUGGACCUGAGUUCGAGAUAGUCGUUGCCCAAUUAAGCAAGUUUGAAGAAGGGGGUGGCCUGGGCAUUAGCCUCGAGGGAACAGUGGACGUAGAAGGAGGAAGGGAGGUUCGUCCACACCACUACAUCCGCUCCAUCUUGCCCGAUGGUCCAGUUGGAAAGAAUGGGCGUCUGUGCAGUGGUGAUGAGCUCUUAGAGGUUAAUGGACAGAAGUUGCUUGGCCUAAAUCAUGUUGAAGUUGUUGGAAUACUGAAAGAACUCCCAGGAUCUGUGCGCCUUGUUUGUGGUCGACGAGCCCCAGGUGCACCACCUCCACUUCACCCUAUUGAUGCUCCUACAGCUGAUCGGGACACGUUUGCUGCAAGGAAUAUCCUUGGUGGUUCUCUCCAAAAUCUUAUCCCUGGAUCGGAACGCCUCGUCAAGGCCAAGUCUGAUGGAUCCUUGGCAUCCUCAGCCACUGCAGCCACAAAUGAUACUUCCUUCAACCGCAUGAAGAGCCGCAGCCUGGAACCGCUAACUGGCCUGGCUAUGUGGAGCUCUGAGGCUCAGAUCAUUGAGUUGAUGAAGGGCGAUAGGGGAUUGGGCUUCUCUAUCUUGGAUUAUCAGGAUCCACUAAACCCGCAAGAAACAGUGAUAGUGAUUCGCUCACUUGUUCCCGGGGGUGUGGCAGAGAAAGAUGGCCGUUUGAUACCCGGUGACCGCCUCAUUGCUGUCAAUGGAACCAAUCUAGAAAACGCAACUCUUGAUCAAGCAGUAGCAGCCCUGAAGGGAGCACCAAAAGGCCCUGUUUCAAUCGCUGUAGCCAAACCAAUCAGCGUUCUGGAAUCGACUGGUCAGGUGAGUAGUGCCACUGAUCCUUCUCAGGGUAAUGAUGGCGAGAGUUAUCAGACAGGGUUUGAAAGCCCUGGGAUGCUGGGGGUGUCUCCUGGAGGUUCUGCACUGGUUAAAUCGGAGAGCUUUUAA